GAGUCACUCGGAGUUACUACGCGCAUCUUUUCACGUCCCAGCAGAAAUGAAAGCAAAAGCACGUCGGUGUUGAAGAGAGCCGGACUAAUAAAAUGGCAGAACUCCUGCCCAGUGAAGUACCACUAAAGAAGCGGAAGAUUGAGGCUCAGUCUCCAGACCAGGAGAGCUCCUGCAGGCAGGUGCCGGUCAGACUGUUGAGCUCCACUGAACUACUUCUGCAGAUCCCCCCAAACACCAACACCAGCCUGCCCGUGUGGGAGUGUGUAAAUGCCACUCAGGCAGGGGUGCAGUGGAGUGAGACUCCGUACAGCAUCACCAUCCAGAUUACCCCUCUCACCACCCAGAAAGCCCGGAGCAAUGACCAGCCUGUAAACCAGCCUCAGCCACCCUGCCAGUUUAAACAUGUCCCACUACCAGUUCACUUACUGCCGACCCUCUCCGGUCUAGACCACAACGGUGAUACUGAUUGUCCCUCUGUGUUUUUCAAGCUAGCAGCCAAAACCUUUUACACCAAGCCAUCCAAAUACAUCCACAUCUGCGAUGACUUCCUUACUGGCUGCUGCCCACACAAGCUCAGCUGCGAGCGGCACCACACGCCUCUGCCUUUCCACUGGCAGCUGAGGCACUGGAACACGCAGCAGUGGGUCAACAUCUCUCUGUCUGCUCAGGUCAAACUGGAGAAGCUGUACUGUGAUCCAGACCAAGAAACCAUCAGGCUGCAGGACAUAUUUCCCAUCAGGACAGAAGCGUUUACGCUUCACUUGGAGACCAAGAAAGUGACCUCAGCGAAAUAUGAUAAAGCCAGGCGACUGUCCAGCAGCCGUGAUCCAGAAAUGAGCCCUCACUUCCCCACAGAGUGGAGCAUCUAUUGGUGGAAUGAUGGCAAGUGGGAAAAGUAUGAAAAAGAAGUGUCCAAGGAGCUUGUGGGAGCAAUAGAAGCAGGGGAGACAAGCCGUGGGUUCUACAUUGGGAAGCAGCUGUACGAAGUGGACUUCAGCAGUAUGACCCAGAUGAACGUCACCACCAAGUUUGAACGCAGAAUUCGAUGGAGACCUACUUUUCGCUCGCCCUUCUCUAUCAAAUCAAACUUGAAGACAGUUUCGCUAGGAGAACCCCCCCGGCCUUUUGGGCAGGUUCUCCCCAGGCUCAGUGUGGAUCCUCUGCAGGAGUUCAGCAGCUGGUACCCUCCUGUGUGGAAUCUGAGCCCAAAUCAGGGCUUUAGCCUGGUGGAGGUGCCACCCAGUGCCAAAGCCUACCAAAGCAUCCACUGCCUGUUCUACAGCACCAUGAAUGAGACCAAGACAGAGAUCAUCAGCAUACAGCAGGUCCAGAACAUCUUUCAUUGGGACAGGUAUAGGAGGCAGAAGGAGCACAUGCAGAUUCACAGCACAGCACACAGCUGGUCUCUGGAGCAACAUCUGUUCCAUGGGACCACUGAGGAUUGCGCCAAGGAGAUCUGUUUGAACAACUUUGACCCACGAGUGUCAGGGAAGAACGGGGUGGUAUAUGGCCGGGGCAGCUACUUUGCCCGAGAUGCCAGGUACUCUUUGAAAUAUGCAGCCAAAUCAGGCGGGGGUAACCAGCACAUGUUUCUUGCCAAGGUGCUGGUGGGUAAUGUGACUCUUGGGAACGCUACAUACUCCCGCCCACCCCGGCUCAACCCCUUGACACCAGGAUAUGAGCUAUAUGACACUUGCGUUGACAAGAUUUCCGACCCCUCCAUCUUUGUGGUAUUUGACAACUGCCAGUGUUAUCCCUAUUACCUGAUCAAGUACAAAGCAGUGUCUGACCUCGUCAACAUCUGUGAAUGAAGUGCAAGGACAUUCUGAAAAACUGAUUAGCCAGGAUGAGUCCUGAAGUGGCACACCUUUAAGUUACUGCGUUUGGGUUUAUGGUCACAGUGUGGUGAUACAGUGUGAAGUAAAGAUUACAUCUUGUCAUUGGUGAAUUCAGUGCAUUUGUGAAAUAACUCAGUAUGGAGACUGUGAUCCUACUGGGAUGGCCAAAAUUUUGGGUGGGCUGUACUGCAACCUCUGAUGUUCAAACUAAUCCACUAACUGGGUUUUUUCGGUUGUAGCCAGCAGAGGGCAGAAGACUAAUGAACAGGAGGAUCUGCAGUUUGACAGUGAGAGGGGCAAUGAUGUUUAUCACAAUGAAAAGCAUAAAUGACUAUUAAAAAGCAUAUAAUUAUAUCAGGUUGACAUGAGGUGAUAUGCCAGAAUUAUUUGUAGUUCCGAUUGGUACUGUUGUAAUGCAUACAUAACUUGAAGAUCACAUUAUGCAAUAGGUUACUGUGUAAAAUGUUAGUGGUAUACUGUGAAGUACAAAUAAGCACAAAUAAGCACGUUUUCGGCACUAAUCAUCUUCUAUCUGAGAUCUUGCAGGCGACACAGGAAAACUUCAAUAAAAAUUCGUAUUUUC